AUGGCCCCUAAGCCCUCGACUGUGCCAAAGAGUGGAGCCUUCGAGCGAGCAGAAGUGAGGCAGACUGGAGUGCAAAGCAACCUGGUUGCACUGCCGACUGAUCGCCCGGAUCUCGAGCGACUGGCGCAGAAUGGCACAGAAGAGACUGCCCCUCCGACUGCAGCUCAGAAGCCGAAUGAUUCGGUUCCGGAUGCUCCCGCUCCGAGUGGACCGAAUGAGGCAGCGAAUGCGGUUCCUUGGGAAGCCGGGCACUUGAUUAAUGAAGUGCUGGUGCCGCGUCGACUGAGCAGGCAUGGCCCUGUGAAUGCGGAGGUGUCUGCCGCUCUGACUGCGAUGGACUGUGGAGCCGAGCUCACCAGAGUGUGGAAUGACCUUGACAACUGGGUCACCGGUGGUGGAGAGUGCACGCGGAGUGGAGGAACGACUGUCUGUCGUUUCGACCACCCGGACCAGCACUCGAAUGGUCCAAUGAGCUCGCUGAGAAUGCGAAUGCACUCCUUCAACAUCCAGAAUGAGUCGAAUGGCCCAAACAACUGGAUGAUUGAAACAAGUUGGAUGAUCGAAACAAGUUGGACGCAAAUGAUGAAAGCCGAGCGACUUUUCCUGGUCCUUACCAAGGGGAACUGGCAUGUGGAAUGGCUGGCUCCUCAGUACGCGAAGGAGAAUGCCACUAAUGCCUUGGUGAAUGUCUACGACUGGCUUUGCUUGCCGCUGUCAAUGGCAACGCGACUGUACACCAAUGGCGUGCUGGAUUUGGCAAAGUUUCCUUGCCACCACCAGCUGAAUCGCAGCUACAAUGCCCUCAGCGCACUGAGGAAUACUGUGCAAUGGGCAAACCAAGGAGUCUUCGAGGAUAGUGAGAAUGACGAGCCGAUUGCCUUUGUGGUGUUCCGCCGCACCAAGACUGCCGCAAUGAGACGAUGGGUUGCUGGCGGACCGAAUGGCAAUGCUCGAGUGAAACUGGCGAAUUAUUUUGAUCGCCAACUCACUGACCACAUCAGCACCUUUGAGUGGGAUGGAAAUGGCCUAGAAGACUGGAAGUGGACACUGGAGCAUGUGUGCUGGGAUUGUUCGCGACACAACUUCGUGGAAUGGCGAUUGAUGGGUCACACGAUGAUUCCAUUGACGCAAUGUGUGAAUGCCGGCGUGGACCACGACUGCUCCAAGGGCAAGAAUGAUCCAGCCUCGUCCUCCGGAGUCGCCUUGGCGCAGGUUGCGGAUGCCCUCGAGCCCGGCUCUGAGAUCGUCCUCCGCAAGAAUGCGAAGGGCACUGUGAAGUGA